AUGCCGCAAGCGAGGCAAUCGACACUGGGGAAGUUCCUGGGGAACAAGCAAAAUGGCACCAAACCCAAAGCACAGUCUACCUUAUCCUUCAAUCAGAAUCCAUCAGACGCGAAGAAAGCUAUUCCUACGGCAGUCAACGGGUCAAGCGAAAAGGCGCAGGAUGUCACUUCAGAUGCAGAAAUGAAGGACGCAGGUGCUGUUAGAAAUGGUGAGAAGGACACUGAGGACUCUCCUUCUAAAAAGAACAAGAGACGCAGCGUUGAGAGCGAAGAACCAGAAGGAGAAGACGACGAUGACGACGUUCAGCCCCCGGUCAAGCGACGAAGAAGAACGCCUCCGCCAAAGGCAAGUUCCAAGAACUCAGCCAAGGCGAGCAACGUUGAUCCCAAGGGCAAACCUAAUGUUCUACAAGAAAAGCAGCCACCUACAACGACUAAAUGUAACAAGGAAGGUGCCGAUGCGCCGGACGGGGAAACGCCUGUAUCGGAGGCGGAGGAGGAGGCUUCUGGAAGCGAAGAAGAAACACCCAGGGUCAACAAGAAACAGGUCGCCAAGAUCCAGGCAACGAUUGCAUCCAGUGGAAAAGACCCCUAUCCGGACUGGACAGCUGGGGAAGAUGUGCCUUACGCAGCACUGUGCACAACGUUCUCGUUGAUUGAGCUCACCACCAAGCGACUCCUGAUCACUGCUUAUUGCUCAGCAUUCCUUCAACAAGUCAUGCGGCUGACGCCGCAGGAUCUCCUGCCCACAGUGCAAUUAAUGCUCAACAAGCUUGCCGCCGACUAUGCCGGUAUCGAACUCGGAAUCGGCGAGUCGCUCAUCAUGAAAGCUAUCGGAGAGAGCUCCGGACGCUCGUUGUCGGUUAUCAAAGAAGACCACAAGAAGAUCGGAGACUUGGGUUUAGUUGCAGCCAAGAGCAGGUCUAAGCAGAGUCAGAUGUUCAAGCCAAAACCUCUUACCGUUCGAGGAGUGCACCAGGGUCUGCUCGACAUUGCCAAAAUGGAGGGACAUGGCUCGCAAGACCAGAAAGUCCGAGCUAUCAACAAAUUGAUGGCCUCUGCGGACGUCUCAUCUGCGAGCAAGAAUGUCGACAUAGAAAAGGACAAGGGUGGACCGUCCGAAGCCAAAUUCCUCGUCCGCUUCCUGGAAGGAAAGCUCAGACUCGGUCUCGCCGAAAAGACGGUUAUCAUCGCCCUGGCGCAGGCUGUGGUAACUCACGAAGCUGCUCAAAAGGGCAAAGUCCCCAGCACGGAGAAGCUGGCAGAAGGGGAGGCUGCUCUGAAGACUGUCUACAGUGAACUACCAUCGUAUGAAGUCAUCAUUCCAGCAAUGCUGGAACAUGGCAUUUUCAACUUGCACGAGACGUGUAAACUGCAACCUGGAGUGCCGCUGAAACCCAUGCUUGCCAAACCGACCAAGUCGAUCACAGAAGUGUUGGACCGAUUCGAAGGCAAGGACUUUACUUGCGAGUACAAGUACGAUGGAGAGCGUGCACAGAUUCACUACGUCGCGCCCGAGGCAACCUCAGAGUUUCCAGCCGCAGAAAAUACCUUGAGCAAAGAUCCAAAGGCGUUCAAGGGGCUGGCUGCCAUUUUUUCAAGAAAUUCCGAAGACCUUUCAAAGAAGUAUCCCGACAUCCUGGAGAAGCUGAACACGUGGAUCAAACCUUCGACGAAAAGUUUUGUCCUGGAUUGCGAGACUGUGGCUUGGGACCCUCAGAACAAGAGAGUCCUACCCUUCCAACAGCUAAUGACCCGUAAGCGGAAAGAUGUCAAAACAUCCGACGUCACCGUAAAGGUCUGUGUCUUUGCUUUCGAUAUGCUCUUCUACAACGGAGAGGCACUGGUGAAGAAGACGCUCCGCGAAAGGCGCGAGCUCUUGCACAGUGCCUUUCAGCCUGUCGAGGGCGAAUUCCAAUUCGCGCAAUACGGCGAUGCCAAAGAUAUUGAAGAGAUUCAACAUCUCCUUGACGAUUCGGUAAAAGCGUCCUGUGAAGGGUUGAUGGUGAAAAUGCUUGACACCGAGGAGUCAGGAUAUGAGCCAUCGAAACGCUCGCGCAACUGGCUCAAAGUCAAGAAAGACUACCUGUCGGGCGUUGGCGACUCCCUCGACCUUGUGGUUUUGGGUGCUUACCAUGGCAAAGGCAAGCGCACUUCCUGGUACGGCGCAUUCCUUCUUGCUGCCUACAACUCAGACACACAAACGUUCGAAACGGUCUGCAACAUCGGGACGGGUUUCUCGGAACAGGUUCUGGAAGAGUUACAUAAAGAGCUGUCCGAGAUUGUCAUCGACCGGCCCAAGCCAUUCUAUUCUCAUUCCACGACGAAGAAUGAUCAGCCUGACGUCUGGUUUGAGGCACGCUAUGUAUGGGAGGUGAAGACCGCAGACCUCACUCUCUCCCCAAGGUAUAGAGCUGCGAGUGAAGAGAUGGGCGGCAAGAACGGAAUUAGCCUCCGAUUUCCUAGGUUCAUUCAACGCAGAGAUGACAAAAAGACGGACGAGGCGACAACGACCAGGCAGGUGGCGGAAAUGUAUCGGAAGCAGGAGGUCCUGCAAAAGGAGCAGUCGGGAAAGACAGGUGUCGACGAUGAUUUUGAAUACUGA